GCACAUGAUAAACUGAAAUCACCAGAUGUUAGCUGUGGUUCUCCAGGAGAUUUGAGAGAAGCUGUAAAAGUUAAGAAGUCCACUGAGGGAGCUGAUGAUUCUGAAGAAACUCCAAAAAUUUUGUUAGAGGAAUCUCGGAAAUCUGGGAAGGAAGACUUAAAACCAGUAUGCCCACUACAAAAAGGAACAGACAGCUCACCUCAGCCAUCUUGUACCAAACGGAAAGAAGACAUUAAGAAAAGGUCAGCUGGAAAAUGUUCAGAAAACUCAGCGCAAAAAGCUGGGAUGAAAGGACCUAAUUUAUCAGAACUCGAAGAACAGCAGCUGAAGCAGCGAGAGGACUACCUAAAGAAAAAACGAGAUAUGCUGAUGGCUACAAAGAAGGAGUCAAGAAAUAAUGUACUGUUACCAACGAACACUGACCAGAAGGAAGAUGAAUCAUCUCCUAAAGAGGAGAUGUCAGAAGAGAAGCAAAGAUUACUACAGAAGAGGAAAAUGCUUGCAGAAAAACUAAAAGAAGAAGUUAUUAAUAAGCGGUAA